CGAGAGCAGCUUUUCCAACAAGGACCUCCGUGCGGAAGUGGACACCUUCAUGUUUGAGGGCCAUGACACCACAGCCAGCGGCAUCUCCUGGAUCCUCUAUACUUUGGCCACACACAAAGAGCAUCAGCCGAAAUGCCAGGAGGAGAUCCAGAACCUCCUGGGGGAUGGUGCCUCCAUUACCUGGAACUGCAUUGGGAAACAGUUUGCCAUGAACGAGAUGAAGGUAGCGGUGGCCCUAACCCUGCUCUGCUUUGAGUUGGCACCAGAUCCUUUCAGGAUCCCUGUUCCCACUCCAAGAAUUGUGCUGAUGUCCAAGAAUGUGAUCCACCUGCAUCUCAGGAAGAUCCUCUAACCCUUGUGGGGACAAGGAUGAGCCCCAAGGGCCUCCUGCCUGCCAUCGUGUCUUCCUGUCAGUCUCUCCUGUCUGCUGUCCUCUGCCCAUUUCCUGCUUUCACUCUGCCCACUGCCAGCCUCCUGCUCUCCUCCUCUUGUGCAUCAGACUGUCUGUCCUUCUCCAUCUCACUCUUCCCCAGACAUCCUAUUUAC